UCACACCACAUCAGAUUGCCUCUCUCCUCUCUAUCUUCACCAACGACCGCACUUAAAAGUCACAGAGCACACAGCGAAGGCCAAAAGCUUUCCAACAAUCGAAACAAUGGCAGAGAAGAGCUUCAAGUACGUGAUCGUCGGUGGCGGUGUCGCAGCUGGAUAUGCAGCUAGGGAGUUUGCCAAACAGGGCCUUAAACCAGGCGAGCUGGCGAUCAUUUCCAAGGAGGCGGUGGCUCCUUAUGAACGUCCAGCACUAAGCAAGGCUUACCUUUUCCCCGAGUCUCCUGCUAGACUCCCAGGGUUCCAUGUCUGUGUCGGAAGUGGAGGAGAGAGAUUGCUACCUGAGUGGUACAAAGAGAAAGGAAUAGAGUUGAUCCUAAGGACAGAAAUAGUAAAAGCAGAUCUUGCUGCCAAAAUUCUAAUAAGCGCUGCUGGAGAAACUUUCAAGUAUCAGAUUUUGAUUAUUGCAACUGGUUCAAGUGUUAUCAGGUUGACAGACUUUGGUGUGCAAGGAGCAGAUGCCAAAAACAUCUUCUACUUGAGAGAAAUUGAUGAUGCUGAUAAACUUAUAGAAGCUUUCAAAGCAAAGAAGAACGGGAAGGCUGUGAUUGUUGGAGGAGGAUACAUUGGUCUUGAGCUUGGCGCAGUUUUGCAAAUGAACAAUUUUGAUGUCAGCAUGGUCUACCCUGAGCCAUGGUGCAUGCCUCGGCUUUUCACUUCUGAAAUAGCUGCUUUCUAUGAGGGUUACUAUAAAAAUAAAGGAAUCAAAAUUAUUAAGGGAACAGUUGCCGUUGGAUUUACUUCUGAUUCAAAUGGAGAGGUAAAGGAAGUGAAACUUAAGGAUGGCAGGGUGCUUGAAGCUGACAUUGUUGUUGUUGGUGUUGGGGGAAGGCCCCUUACAACAUUAUUCAAAGGUCAGGUUGAAGAGGAGAAAGGCGGCAUUAAGACUGAUGCGUCCUUUAAAACAAGUGUUACUGGCGUAUAUGCUGUUGGCGAUGUGGCUACUUUCCCUUUGAAAUUGUACAAUGAAUUGAGAAGAGUUGAGCAUGUUGACCAUGCACGCAAAUCUGCUGAGCAGGCUGUGAAGGCCGUUAAGGCAAGUGAGGAGGGGAAGACUGUUGAGGAGUAUGACUACCUUCCAUUCUUCUAUUCUCGCUCAUUUGAUCUGUCAUGGCAAUUCUAUGGCGACAAUGUUGGUGACACUGUGCUAUUCGGAGACAACAAUCCAGCAUCACCAAAGCCCAAGUUUGGAACGUACUGGAUCAAAGAUGGGAAGGUCAUUGGAGCUUUCCUAGAGGGUGGGACUCCAGAGGAAAACAAGGCUAUAGCCAAAGUUGCAAAGGUUCAACCUCCUGUUGAGAAUCCUGAUCUGCUCACAAAAGAGGGUCUUUCCUUUGCUGCUAAGAUUUAAUUACUUUCCUUAAUUAGCAGGGGGAAACCUGGACAGGAUGCUAGUUUUACAUAUAACUGUUGCCGCUGGUUUUCACUGGGUUUUGUUAAUUACUUCUUGUUUGAUUGCAUAAAUAAUGGAAAUAUGGUUUGCAGUUAUUCCUUAA